AUAUCUGCAUGCAUGCACUGCCCGACCACUUGGAAUGGUUCCCCAUUCUAAGCAAAAUAAUCCCACGUUAUUAAUGUCUCCCGAGGAUGAGAAAAUGGUAUUAAAAAAGAGAUUUAGUGUGAAUAAUAAUAAUAAUAACAAAGAAAAGGCUUCCACUUAUGAGACUCUCAAGAAGGUGGAUGAUCAAGAACACAUUCGAGGUGAAAAUGAGGGCUCCAUUAUAUUUUCUAUUCGUGAAUUUUUGCUUCACAAACUUCAAAUCAAGGGAACAAAAGAAGGACGUUCGGCAUUACAAAUAUCUCCGGCGCCACCGGCGCCACCGGCGGCCAGAGUGGUGUUUCACAACACCGCCGCCGGAGCUAUGGGAUGUGAUCUAUAGAUUAUUAAUUAGUAAUAAAAUAUGAUGUGAUAAGUAGGAUAAAAUUGGUAGAGGUAAAAAUGAUUUUUUAAUAGAAUUGUAAAAGAUUUAGGAUAAUGGAGUAAAAAAAGAAAGGUGAAGAAAUUUUUGUGAUUAUG